AUGGAAUCUCAAUUCACGGAUACCGAACUUCGACUGGGAAUCGAGCGAAGCGAUAGAUAUAAAGGUACUGCCAAGAUUGACUUCAGUGAUAUACGGUUCAACUCCAAUCUAUCGCGUCCUCUGGAGCAGCAGAAUAUUGUCCGGCUCCGCGAAAUAUUUCUGCAGGAAGGCUGCCGUCGCUUCGAAAUACAGAACCAUGUCACAGCUGUUGUUUCGCAGCGACAUCUCCGUAUGGCACUCGAGGCGGCAGGCGCAACCGACACAGAUUUGUUCACGUCCGAUCCCAAUCAAAUGCCUCACCUCCAAUUCUCUGAGAGUCAAGUCAAUUGCUUACAUGGUCAGCAUCGCAUUCAAGCUGCCGCUGAGAUUCUUCCUCCAGAUGAUCGGUGGUGGACAGUUGACCUUUAUCUGGAAGAUAUUAGCUUAGAGUUACGGUCUGCUCUUAUUGAUGAGUAUAGCAAUGAGAGACAGCCUAGCGACGGCGAAAUAUAUCGCAAAAUCCGUCAAUAUCAACAGGAGCACAAUGCUCCAUUUCAGAAACGGUGGUGGGCACGUCUCACUGAGGAAAAGGCACGACGGCUUCGUCAACUCUCCGAUAAUGCCGAACUUUGCUCGUCUUUUGAUGCCAUCUUGGGUAUUCCUGGGCUUUGGAGCGGGAUGAGCUUAGGGAACCUUGGCAAAUUGAUGGCUUUGAACUGCGAUGAGGAAAUUGUCCAUUAUCUUUCUUCGCAUUUGAAGAAAUUUUGGGUUUUGCUAGUGAGCCCUAACCUAUCCAAUCCCGAUGUCGAAGCGAUGAUGAAGAUUGAUGUUCACACCGUCAGAACUCUUGAAUUGAUGGCUCCUGGAGCAUCACAUUUGGAUGCCAGAAAGGUCCAAGGGUGGUUAGCAAGCGGAGAGAUACUUCGCGAGUUCAGCGUAGCCGAACGAAACCGCAUGUGGGAAUGGCUACGUUGCUACGAUGGCAUCAUCCCGUCAUUGCGCACUUUCUUUAAAGAUAUUGACUAUCUCAAAUCAUGCGGUGAUGCGUUGAAGAGACUUAUUAGGCCAAGUAAAAGUCAUCCAACGAUGCAAAAAGCUUUUAAAUAUCAUCGCGCGCCUGCAUUGUCCGCGGGAGAAGGGUUUGCCAUUCAGACCUCUGAGUCCACUUUUGAUAUGCGCUCUAUGAGCCAUGGAACGUAUAGAGAGCUUGCUUAUCGACAGAUCUGGCUAUAUGCUAUGCGCCAUUACCCAAAAAUGCCGAGGGAUCCAACAAAACCGAACCGCCUGGCGAAAGCGAGCAAUGAAAAGGCUGACGAGGCUGUGAUUUAUGACAUGGUCGUCCUCGCUUAUAAACUGGGCUUUCGGUCCACUAACAUUACAACAUUGAUGGGUCGAUCGCCCGAUGCUCUGAUUGCGCAGGACGCACUGCUUACUGCUCGAAAGCCAGAUCUCUACGAGUACAACGCGGAUGAAUACCUUGGGCUAGUUCAGCGCAUCGUAGAAUGUUUCUCAAAAGCUCGACUUCGAGAGAAUUCAUGGACUCCCCGCCCUCUUGUGAAAUCCGCUGCAGAUCUGAAAGCCCGGUGUGGACUCCCUUCGAACGAAGUACAAGAAUCUGACCGUCGUCUCCUUUUCCUCGACCAUCUUCACACGGCUGAAGCGCCCGUUACCGAAACGAUAUCAACCUUCUACGUAAGGCGAUGUGUAUAUUUCGCAUUUUUUGGUAGACUACCAGCUCAUCUCUUCACCUGUCCCGCCACAGUUCAUUCGUCCGAAGGCUCUCGCCAUCUGCGGCCCAGUAUGUCACCAUUAUUCCUACCCCAGGCUGAUAGGUUCGAAACUGCCGACCCAAAUUCGGAGUCUCGGACUAACUUGGUUGAUCCUGAGAAUACGGAGAUGGAAGUUCGACGAGAUUAUGGCGAUCAAGACGAGCGUACUGGAAGGCUAGUACACAUUCUGCACGAAGUUGGGGACGCUGAGCCAUCACACCCGCGGUGGCGGGCGACUGAAAUUGCAGGGACUACAAUUUCGGAAGGACCUGGACUGGUAAGUGAGGAGACUGCCACAGUUGUCGUUGAGGAAUGUCUUUCAAUUGCGGCUGAAGAAACGGCUGUCGCUGCAAAUGUCCAGGAAACUCGAGACAUCAGAAAUGAAAGGGAUAGUGAAAUCGCUGAACCUAGACAAGUCUAUCUUGAAAGACAGGAGGAUGCCUUCGAGGCUGUCCAUACAAUAUCAAGCCCUCAGAGGAAUGAAAAUUCGUUGCAGGGUAUUUCCACAGCUCCCACGGAAAUGGAGACCGCCGUUCAGCACGAUAUCAGUAUCCACUCCGCACCCCUCCAGGGUGCGGGUGCCGCGUCUCGACCUAUUACCGAGAUCGAUAUUGAAAAUAGCCUACCGAACUUCAUUGCAAGAUUACGCGAAUCAAAUAGUCCGCCCGAACCUGAUCAACCUGCCUUGCCCGGCGUCGAGGCCAAACCGAGAGCGCAGCAUGUGAGAGUUGAAAAACCAAGUUUAAAACCCAGGCAAACACAAAGGGAUCUCAAUCGUGCGGGUGGCCGAGAUGCAGCUAUCGCUGAUCAACUAGGCUGGAACUUGGAAGUCUCCGAUGCAGUCGAGGAAGAUGUGAUCGCGUCUCCUACGCAGCUAAUUGCGGAGAGCCAUGUUGAGAGUCAUGAAGUUGGACCCGUAACGGAAAUUAUGUCGGAGAGACAAGUGGCCGGGAUUUUCCAAACAUCAGAGAGGGAUCCGACUCAGACAAACUCCGUUGAGCAAGAACUCCAGAUUGCCUCAGCCAUCAGAGCUGCCGAGGACGCUCUCACUCGACAAAAGGCCAAACAAAGAGUGGAAAAUGCAAGACGCGCACCAGAAGAGACCGUAGAUGACUUCACCCAGACAAGAACUGCAGAGGACUUAUUCGAUGGCGGGGAAGAGGCAACCUCAUCAGCAGUCGACAAUCGCCCUGCAGCUGUAAACCACAAGCGGAAGAUAGUUAUACCAGAUCCAAGCCUGCCUUCCCAGCAGCAUGACGAUAUUCCUUCCUAUCCUGGCGCCCCGAUAGGCGUAAUGUUCGACAACCAAACUCCAGCGACUGUGGAAUCGACAUCCGCUAAUAUCUCCAAAAACCGUAGAAGACCUCCUAGUACAAUCACAUUCAGGACCUGGAAGGGCGGUCGAUGGAUCGGUUUGGAGACUGUCGAGAUCAACCCUACAGACCCAUUCCAUGUCGAGCGUGUGGCAAGUCGAUACGAAGUCACCGAGCAUGCGACGUUAUAUAGCCGGAACUUUCGCAGAACUAGGGUCGGACAAUGUUUUCGCACGGCGCGGCUGGAUGGGAGUUAUUCAAUCUUCAUGCUCUUUGGCGACAAACAAGCAAUCACCAAGGCCAUGAAGGUAGCCGCCAAUAAGAUUUAA